AUUAACUAGUAUGAUGCCUUCAUACUGUGGGAAACUAUAAUACCCAUUGAGCGAAGAUGAACAAACUUAACAAAAUGACUGGCGUAUAUGGGGAAUUUGCUAUGACAAUCAAAAUGCCCUGAUGUGACGUUUAGGGGGCGGGAUGCGUGAAAACCCUGUAAACUACCGUUGGGAAAAAUUUAAUAUUUUGAAUUCGUACUGUUUGCAAAAUAUUAGCUGAUACUAGAGGGGGACUUCAUUUUCUACGUUUUUUUUAAGCCCACGGCGACAGCAUUUGGGUGGGAUUUGAACUUAUUUUCUCUCACACACACAAACCCAUUUCUGAAACUAAAACAAAAAAAGGAACACGUGCAAAUGCCAAUCAAACGCACUUAUUAAUCGCGCCACUCGCACGCAGAGUUCGAGUUUACGACGGUCACGAACGCAGCACCAGUAUUUGUUUUCCAGCCGUUGGUGAAGCCUAGCUUAUAACUCUUUAGUCUGUAGUUAAAAUUUAUGUUUCUGUGUAUUCUUUACUAUUUGUGCCAAAAGGCUAUAAAACCAUUUUACCUUCCAGUGACGGUCGACGAUGAAUCUUUGAGAGGUUCAGUUUGACGAAGCUCAAAAAAGUACGCGGGGAAGUUCCCUAGGAAAUCCCCCUAGACUGUUCGGGGAUAUUAUUCAGACACUGAUGAGCCAAACCCCCGACACAAUCGACCUCCUCGGUCCAUUUCUAAAGACACGGGGCUAGGAGCAGAGGUGUCAAAUGUUGGAUUAUUUAAAAAAGAGUGGUCUUUCUGUUUAAAUCGACUCAGCCCGCAAUGGAUAACGUCAGUAUGAGCACGGAUAACGAUAUGCUCAAAGACAAAAUCCGGAGUUACAGCACGCUGAAUACUCUUUAUCAUGAGACUCGGCAGGAAAUCGACCUUCUGAACAAACAGAUCUAUGUAAAGGACAAUAUCAUUGCAGAUUUAAAAGCGAGGCUCGGGAGGUAUGAGAGGAUCUACAUGACGGUGGGAGAUAACGAUUCCGUGGUCAUCGGGCCGUCAAAGUCUCUGCUGGAGAGCUUAUGUAAAGAAAUAUGCAAACUGAAACAGAAGAGGAACGACAUGGAGUUCAAGGCAUCUCGACAAGAGGAGGAGAUCCAGAGGCUGAAUGUGCAGCUCAGAGAGAAGGAGCUGGAGCUUGAGAGUGUCAGGUGUCAGCCAGACCACGAGAAAGACCAGGAGAUCCAGAGGUUGCGGUCAGCCUUGGAGGAGAGGGAGCGGUCCGAGGCCACCAGAGCCGUCCUCUGCACGUCCCUGGCGGAAGAGGCUGACCAGCUGCGCAGCCAGCUUGGCACAACUGUGAAGGUGUGCCAGGAGCUGCUGGCAAGGCUAGAUAAAGAGAAAAAGGGGGAAGGAGAAUUGGAGGAGAUGGGCCAGCAGCAAAAGGCCAAAGAGACGCCAGAGUCUGCGGACAUGAGUGGUGUUAACACUCAAAUCCGUCAACUUCAGGAGGAGAAUAAACAGUUAAAGCAGCGUGUGGCAUAUGUGCAAGGUUUGAACUCUCAGUGGCAGAGGUAUGACUCAAGCAGGGAGGACUAUAUCAGAGGUUUAUGUCAGAGGCUGAAGGAGACCACUGGGCAGGGCUUGAUGCCUGGGCUGGGUUCUGUCAGCACCGGGUUGCUUCAUCAGGAAAUUUCCAGGCUCAAUGGUUUACUGGAGGAGAAGAUGAGCGAGUGUGCAAGGCUGGGUAGAGAAGUGGAGGAGAUGAGGAGGAAAGACCAAGAACGCAUCCAGACACUGGAGCAGCAGGUCCUCAUCUACACAGAGGACUUUAAGUCAGAGCGUACUGACAGAGAGCGAGCCCAGGGCCAGAUUCAAGACCUGAAGGAGCAGGUUUAUCAGUUAAAACAGCAGCUACACAAACAGGGAGCUAGCAGAGAGAACAGAGAUGUGGUUCCCAUGUGUCGUGUGCACAUAGGACACAGAAUCUCCACGAGGCGUUCAAAAGACAAUGCAGAGCGUCUAUUGAGGACCACUGCUGAGACGCAGCAACAGCCCGCAGCUGCAGCAGCAACACCAAACCCUGCCUGGAGCGAAUGCCUAGGUCUGUCAGAUUUACAGUGUCCACGAUGCCAGGCCAAGUUCAGCGAAUCGGAGAGUGCAGAGUACCUGAAACAUUGGGAAGAGUGUGCCAAACUAUAAACAGAACAACACUCAUUUGAAAAAGACCAUUGUCUUUUACUGACAGUAACUGAACACUGAUGAGCAUCACUACACGGCAGAAAAUAACCUGAGUGGAGUUUCCAAUUUGGAGAGGCUUGACUACAAAUUAAAACAACUGACUUAAGAUGUUUGUACAUAGGGAAGCAAAACUGUACAACCCACAGUUCCCUGUUGCAAAAGAAAUGAGUUCAUCAAGCUUCUCUUAGUCUGAAUAGGUUUUUUUUUUUUUUUUCCAGUGUCAGGUUCUGAGUGUUCUCCUCUGGCAAUACAGGAUAUUACUGUGGAGGGGAAGAGGAUGUCAAUGCAAUAUAUCAAAUAUAUACCUCAAUGUGUCAAAUUACAAACCUGUUGCACUUUCUUGACAUUUAGCCAAAAAUCAUAGGAUCGUACGAUUAAAAGAUUCAUGAUGCAUAAGCUUCUUAUUUUGGAUUUAGACAAUCUAGUUGAUAAUGUGGUGCUAUUACUAGUUUAUUUUUGAUUGAACUUAACAUAUGUCUGUUCUGUAAAUUAUAUAUUAUUAAAACAGAUUUAAAAUAUAACUAUUAUAUUAAUAUUUAUUCUUAUUGCAUAAAUAUAAUUGGGAAAGGCAGAUCAUUUUAGUGCAAUGAUUUCUUGCCUUUUUUCCACCAAAACCAUGAAAUAUAUAUAUUUUUUCCUGGUAAACAUUUGGGAUCAAAAAUGCUAAAUACAUUACAACUGAAAAUAAUGUUUGAGAUCCACUUUUUGAACGUAAACAUAAAAUCCCAACUGACAAUAUGCUUAUUUUUGGAUAUCUGGUGCUGUUGUUCUCGAGCUGGCACAUUAUUUUUGUAAUAAAAGAUUGUUUACCCACCCUUUA